AUGGCAGAUCCAAGAAGAAAGCCAGAUCUCACCAUAGCUGAGAAGACUCAAGUAGCUCAAUUCCUCAUUCUUAGAAGCCAAAAUGGAGUUCUUCAACGUGGCACACGUAAGGAGGCAAUACAAAAGUUUGGUUUCAGCAGAACAACUAUUUACAACAUCUGGGUUGAAGCAAAACAACAAAUGCAAGGUGGAGAACCUGUAAUUUUUCAGUCAAAGAAAAAAGGUAUACAACAUCGAGAUAGAUUAACACUUGAUGAGGAGAAGGUUAAGUCACUGUCAGUUCUUGAAAGAUCAUCAAUUAGGAAGAUGGCUCCAAAGAUAGGUGUUUCUAAAACAACAUUGACCAGAUGGAUACAGAGUAAGCAUUUAAAGCCACAUACGAAUGCUAUAAAACCACAACUUUCUGAGGCUAACAAACUAUCAAGGCUCAAAUUCAGUUUGAGCCAUUUAAAGUUUGAUAACCAAGCGAGAAAUGCAAUUACAUUUGAAGACAUGCGCAAUACCAUUCACAUUGAUGAGAAAUGGUUCUAUUUGACUAAAACCUCUGACAGAUACUACCUCUUACCCUCAGAAGAUGAACCUUAUAGGUCAUGCCAAUCAAAGAGGUUUAUAACAAAAGUAAUGUUUAUGUGUGCUGUGGCAAGGCCACAGUUUGAUAGUGAUGGUGUAUGCACAUUUGAUGGAAAAAUUGGGAUUUUUCCAUUCAUAAUGAAGGAGCCAGCAAAGAGAAAUUCGAAGAACAGAGAUAAAGGGACGUUGGAGACUAAACCAAUUCAGUCUAUAACGAAAGAUGUCAUCAAAGCAUGCAUCAUAAAUCAGAAUGUAGAUUCAUCAUCUAGUUUUGGGCAGAUUAUUCCAGCAAUCAAAGCCAAGUGGCCAAGCACAUCAAGUAAGAACAUAGUAAUUCAACAAGACAAUGCCAAACCACAUAUCUCAAGCAAUGAUGCAGAGUUUAUGGCUGCAGCAAAUUCAGAUGGAUUCAGAAUGCAGUUGAUAUGUCAACCUCCUAAUUCUCCAGAUACAAACAUAAAUGAUUUGGGCUUUUUCAGGGCAAUACAAAGUCUGCAAGAUGAUAAACCGGCCAAGAAUGUGGAUGAUCUUGUAAAAAAUGUAGAGAGUGCGUUUGAAGAACUAUCAGCACAAACACUCAACAAUGUGUUUCUCACACUGCAAGGAUGUUAUGCAGAGAUCUUGACAGUGAAGGGGGGCAACAAUUACAAGAUUCCACACAUCAACAAAGCAAGAAUUUCAAGGCUAGGUAUACUACCUGACAGUAUUCAAGUUGAAGUGGGUCUCGUGCAGGAGUGUGUUGAUUAUUUGAAGCUAGUUGAACUAGACACAGGGUCAAGCUAUGAUCUUACCUCAGUUUGGAAUUAUUUUGGUCGUGACUAA